AGAACGCCUGCGCGCGUGUGUUAGGUCGUCAUUUCACUUUCCUCAUUUCGUGCGUUGGCCUCGGACGAUGCAGCCGCCUGCGAAACGACAUUCAUUCGAACCAUCCGGUCGUCCUCACAAACAUGGACGGCCGUUCCCUGCCACUACGCGAAGUUCGACGACUGCUGGAAGCAGCAAGAAGGGUCGACAUAAAGAACGGCCGUCUAAGAGCGAAGGGCAACCGAAGAGCGAAGGCAUAGCUCCUGUGGACGAAGAGCCCAAACCACCCCAACAACAGACUCCGCAAGCACUUAAGAGAUCCCCCCCUAAAAUCCAGUUUAUUCUGGGAGGAUGCAUGAUUGCUUUACUGCUUGCCGCUGCUCUUACACUAUGGUACACCGGCGCGCUGAGUAACAUCUUCAAGAGCAAAGAGGAAAGCUGCAUGAGCAUCGAAUGCAAGAAAGCAGACAGCAUAUUCCAUAUGAUGCUCAAUGAGUCCGUUUCACCAUGCCAUGAUUUUUUUGAAUAUACUUGCGGUGGACGGCACUUGGAAGAGGACCAAGAGAUGAUUAUGGUAACCAGUGAAGCCCUUGCCGCCGUCAACAGCACCUUCUACAAGUAUAAACUUGAAGAUGCGGAUAAGCACCACCUCAGGAACGCGAUUAUGUUAUACAGAUCUUGCCGUGGGUUUCAGAGUGAGGCACAACAGUUUGUAAGAGUUCUGCAAAGAAACGUCUUUCGGAGUUUGGGCCUAUCGCCUACAACCCAGUCCAGCGAUUCCUUGGAAGUCUUCCACGAUGUUAUCCACAUGAGUCUGGACAAAGGGUUCGACACUCUUCUUUCAAUCAACUUCGUGGCUUAUGAAGAUGGAGUCAAGAUUAGGAUCGCGCCUGGAGUAUCGCUUUAUUCUAGACUUCUUGUCCGAGAUGAAGACAUUCAGUCGCGCAAAUACUUCAACGCGUACCUCCGCGAUUUCAUGGCAGCGAUUAACGCCAAUCGGUUUCGUCCUGAAGUGCAAGACUCCGUCCUGGAUCUUGAUGAUACAUUUCAUGAAAGCGUGGACUAUCUCAAAAGUGAUUCCGGAGAAUCAAAAAUUGUUUCCGUUUCUGAGUUGCCUACCACGACCAAGAUGACCGUACACGAUUGGGUAAAAACGAUCAACUCCAGCAUCGGUAUUACUAGAAGAAAGCUAACCAUCGAUAGCACAGUCGGCUUGUAUAACCCUGAAGCCAUCGAGCAGGUUAUAAAAUUUAUAUUCUCUAAUGAUCCGAAACUUACGUCACUCUACCUGCUGGUACAGGCGUCAGCGAUUGUACUGCAGUUCCAUUUCCUCUUUCGUGUUAUGCCCCAACGUACUUGCAUUCUAUUGGUAGUCAAAUAUUUCCCUAGUGGAUUUGUGACACUGCUUGCCAAUGAGUACAUAGGUCAGUCACGAAAUGAGCAUUUCCGUUCAUUUUUUGAACACCUUCGGGAGGAAAUAAUCGAGAGCCUGGCCGCAAGUAAAUUGUUCGACGAGAUCACCAGAGAAGCUGCCAUAGUUGUUCUGAAAGACGUUAAGUUGAGGACUAUCGCUCCUGACACAGAAGGAUUGUUGCUGGACGCACCGCGUAUGACAUCGAAUUUCGUGGAUAAUGUAGUUGCGAUGACUACGUAUUUCAGACGAAGGGAGAACAGGUAUCCUAAAGGAGAAGAUUAUGAGUAUUCUUUUCUACUGUUCAGAAGUUUGCAUUUGCUGUCUGUAGCAAGAUCUGCGCCUGGUAACAAGAUAAUCGUGCCCAUCACGAUGAUGGCGCCUCCCAAUUACUAUGACGUUGACAAAGACACCUUCAUCAACUAUUCUCCACUCGGAGCUACCCUGGCAGGCCUCAUCAUGGAAGCAAUUGUUGACGCUUGGAAUGAUCAGGUUCCUUCCUGGUGGUCACAACAGUCACGUACAGCGUUCGACGAAGGGUUGACGUGCUACGGCGACCAGUUCUUUCUGCUUACCAAUGGCAGUGUGCCCAAUGUCUUGAAGAAACGCUUGUUCACGGCAGUAUAUGGAAUCUCGCUCGCCCUUGCCCUCGCCCAUCUUCCGGACCAGAAAGCGAAGCAAUUGUUUUUCGGACGCUACUGCCAGAUGCACUGUCGAAGUGGCAGAGGACACCAUUAUGGCAGGUCGUUGUGCCAUAUCGCGGUUCAGAAUAUUCCACUUUUCUUCGAAACCUUUAAAUGUGGUUCAAACGACGCAAUGAGGCCCGAAAGAAUUUGCGCGGUGAAAUAAAAUGGCUUUCUGGAUGUG